AUGCCGCCGAAAGUGAGCAAUGGGACAGGAGUCGGUGGGAAACCACGCAGAGACGUGUUGGCUUCGGUCAGAAUGGCCUCCAUGGACGAAGUCUCCAGGGCUGCUCUCCCAGCUGAGAUUAUGUCCUCAGUCCUAGACUAUCUUUCCCCGGUCGACUUGAUUCGAGUAGCACGAUCGUCAAAACUUUUGCGCGAGAUCGCUUACGAUGACACAAGAUGGGUGCAGUGGCUGAAACGCAUGGGCUGCUGGAAUGAACUGGAUGCUAGGAAACACGUUGAAGAAACAUUUGGGACCAUUGCGGAUGUUGAGAGCGUCAGGCAAAAAGAAGCUGCCGAGCAAUCUCAGCGAUCAUCGCUCGUGAGCGCAGGCACAGAAAAUAAACCUCAAAUAAGUCUCAAAUCACUGUCCGAUGGUUUUGAUCAAAUAACGCUAUCUACACCUGCUACCACUGGAAAUGCGAACGAACUAGGAGACGAUCCAGUCUUGGGGGCAUUACAGCAGGUUAAAUCAGUGCGCGGAGAAGCUCGCAAUGAGUAUGGCAAGAUUCAUGCUGCUCUUGCGCCUUUUUACAACGAUAUUGCUGUUUCAGGAGCUUCUCCAGACAGUCUGUUGUUUAAGAAAUAUACCGAUCCACAGCACCAAGCUCAGAUUCUAUUUCAAUUGCAAGCUUUCGCCAAAUGUGACUUGACGGAGGGCUGGUGUGAGAGACUGUCACACCUGCAGGAAGCUAUCUCACUGUUCGAAACGGCCGCUAUCAAGGAAUUCAGACACGGUUACGAAACCGAAGACAUCGACAAUAGAAUGCGGCAAUAUGCCCACGUUCUCUACACGUUGAACGGCGGUGCUGCAGCUGUCGAGCUCUUCAUUCACCAUAACCAUCUUGUUACACGAAGGUCAGAUUACGGUAGGCCAGGGGACUGCAUUGAUACAUCAUCUCAACGCGUGAAGCUUGACCAGACGCAGGCAUUUUUUACCCGUCUGAGUGUUGCUUACAAUGAAGAAGUCGCAAUCAUCAAUCGCGUCUUUCCCCCGUCGUUAAAGGUUGCAUUGCCGUUCAUUGCGAAAGUCGGCCAAGAUGUGCUGUACCCAUUUCUGACCGCAAUCUUUGAUGAAUUGCACCGCAUCAACAUAGAAUCUUACUUGACUGCCGUUUCGAGUACAUUCGCCCAAUGCAUGAAUCUCUCUGAUACCCUGUUACCAAUUCAAAGUUCGGCUGUUAAUUUCGAAGAGUUUUUGGAGCAUGUCAUUGCUAAGGUAUAUGAGCCGCAUAUGGACUUAUACCUUGCGGAGGAAUUAGAUUAUUUCCGGAAAUGCUCCGAGGCCGCAGUGGAUGAAUGGGAUAGGCAGCUUUCUGAACAGGCUGCUUCGACAGAGUCAUUUCUAAUGUCAAAUAUAAAUAGACAGGCCGAUAAGAAGGACUUCCUGACUUCCUUCAAGAAAGUCAUCAUGGCCCCUGUCAAUCUCCUUCCUAGCUUUUCAGGGACCAAAGCAAACGAUUCAAGGUCUGACGAGGAGUCUUCUACUAGCGAUACCUCGGCUUUGAAGUCCCAGAACCGAUUUUCAACCAUCUCCAUGCCUGCCACUCCUGUAACCGAAGCCCCUACCACGGAACUAGCAGCCAAGGCAGCUAUCAUGAAAUCGAAAAUGGAAGGUAUCCGUUCCCUUUUCAGCAUCGAAGUCGCCUUGGGCCUCGUUCAUGCUGCAAAGUCGGGUCUGGAGAGAGCUGCUCAAUUUGUUCAGAUUGGAGGGGACACAGGUGCCCUUACAAAGCAGCAAUGCGAGGCGAUAUUUGUUGCCCUGGUACGCAUUUUAGGGCAUCGUCAUCUUAUCGUCGGCUUUGACAAAGCAGUCGACCAUCUAUCUAACUACCGACCUCGCGAACAAGGAGACCGCGAUCAGUCGGGUGUUGAACCCUUAGUCACCUUCUUGGAGCUGGUGAAUGUUGGUGAUCUCAUUCUCCAGAUGGUCGAUGUCUUUUAUGAGCAAGAACUUAUUGGCAAAAAGCUGACUGAUCGUAAUGAUUUUGUUGACCCCGCAGUGAAAGAGAAGAAGAAGUUUGAGCAGAAUCUCGAUGAACGAGUUGCUGCAGGACUCAAUAAAGGAAUUGAUGUUCUCAUGGAAGAAGUAGACUACAUUCUGGCAACACGACAAUUAGCGACAGACUUCAACCCGAAUGUGUCCACAGACCCGUACCGGCAGACUAUGGAUGUAAGCGUGUCUGAAGCGGCAGUUGCCGUUGUUGACGUGGUUUCCUCGCAUACCCAAAUGCUCGUUGGGAGUACCGACAAGAGCACACUUGACGUUUUUAACCAAGAGGUGGGGUUGCGUCUUUUUACUGCCCUAUGCAAGCACUUGAAACGUCAAAGAAUCAGCGUUGAGGGUUCCUUAAAACUCAUCAGCGAUAUGAACCACUACUUCAAAUUUAUCCAGAGAUUCAAGAACAAUGAGCUUCUUGUCUAUUUCAAAGCUUUUCGCGAACUCUCUCAGAUCUAUCUAAUCGACCCUUCGGACGCUAAGGAGCUCGCUACUAUCAUUGCGGACUCGGACCGGUUUCAGGGAAUCUGGACGGUUGAAGAUGUGUGCGAGUUCGCCGAACGACGAGCAGAUUGGUAUCAGGUGAAACGAGACGUGGAACGAGCCAUGUAUGGGAUUGGGUGCAAUAUUAUGUGA